AUGGCCCGCCGCAAAGCGGUGACCGGAGGCAGAAAGCCACGCUCGGGAACUAUAUGGGAAUGUCAACCCCUGGAUCGCCGGUGGCUGUCAGCCCCACCAAAAAAAACACCCCGCAAAGCUGCGUCCCGGGGAAAGUGGAGCGAGGAAGAGCUGUUGACAAACGAUAAAUCGGCGCUGGUGAAUGCAGACUUGGUGAAACUUUUGGCUAGUUCCGCAGCAUGGAACUGCUUGGAGGAAGACGAGAAACGCCAGGUCCUGAAUCUGCUCCCCGCUGAUACCCACCCAAACCCCGAUCCCCCAACAGAUGAUCCUAAUGCGAAGAUCCCACCCCUUCCUGAUUCUUUCGUUCGCUAUUCAAACAAUUGGAGAGAUGGUAUCCGCCAGUUCCAGCUGGAUCUGGAAAACGGUCGAUACGACCCGCAGUGGUUGCGCCAGGCAGACGAAGCACGAAAGCAACGUGAAGAUGGCGCAUUUGAUUCAUUCAAAGAACGAGAGUACGAGCAGUUCUGGGGCCAGAAGCAAAAAUCAACAAAUAUUACUACUGCUACGGGCGAGGCCGGAAAAAUCAAGCUUGCGACUUUGAUUGACGCAGGAGUAUUCCAUAUUGGUGACAUCUGGAGGUUCACUUACGUGUAUGGCAGAGGCGCAGAUCGAAUCUAUAUUGAUAAGGAAGCAAGGAUUCAAGAGAUCCAUGGCCCGAAGCUGACAUUCGUGAUGCCAGCUGGGGAACGUUCCUUCCUCCGGAGUUCCAGAACACAUUCUCCCAAGCUCAAACUGGAGGAUCAAGAAAGCCAGCCGGUGAAACCCGAAGAAAAUACAAGCACAGACGUCAAAGAAAUGGCGACGGAUGCAUCGGCCAACUCAUUUCACCAGCAGCAAGAAAUCCUGGACUUGGCUGAUGUCGGCAAGGAAGAGCCAGAUGGUGACACAAGUAUCAGCAUUGAUCUUCUGGUUGAUGUCGCCGAGGAGCCAAGUGUGGAUUUUGACAAAGUUCCAGCCGAUGAAUCUAGCCCCUCACGAAGCUUCCAAGAUGAAUCUAUGCUCGCAAUGAUAACCUCAAGCCCACUCUCCAGCCCACUCUCCAGUCCGCCACCAUCUAGCCCACUUGACUGGUCUCCUGAAGCAGAAAUGAUAGAUGAAGAAAUGAUCUCAUCAGUACGAGUUGUGAUUCGAAGCCCUGAGAAACUACCAAGCCCCGGUAUCAAGCGCCCGAUUCCGCAACCUGCAGAGGAGUCUCAGCCAAAGCGGAAAAGAGGUCGACCACGCAAGAUCCAAGAUGACCCUUCACCUGAGACUAAUGCAAUUGAAGAGCAACAGCUCAAUAUCGAGCCUGAAGCUGAGGUAUUUCCUGUAUCUUCUUCAAAUGUACAGGUUGUGCUUCAGUCAAUGUCGGGGCUAGAACCCAAGUCAGAGCAACCAGCCCUAAAUGAGCCCGUGGACCCUGUUCAAGCCACCACUUCAUCGAACGCUACAGAAGAUGCACUACAAUCCAUCAAAUCAUCGCCCAUUGCCGAAAUUCCCAGUCCUACAAGCAUGCCUACGGAUGUUGAUAUUGAUACUGCCCCAGCCACACAGCCAGAUGAAGUACAUACCUCAAACAAUCUGCAGCAUGAUUCUCAUCCUGAACCUGAAAUUACUGGAUCACCCACCCCAUCUGAUCCUGCCGCCGAAACAUCGAACGAUGGGUAUGAGGAGGUUAUCAUUCAUGAUAUUGUUACACCCAGGAUGCUAGUGCACUCAAUGUUGGGUGUUGACGGACGCCGUAAAGAUGGUCGCACAUCUAAUGCGUGGAAGGAAGUUCGGUGCUACCGCAAUAACCAAGAUAUGGGCUCACUGUGGGAUGUACGCCAGGCUUGGUUUUUCAAGCAAACUUAG